AACAGCUGUCAUUUAGGACAUAUUCAAUUUGACGCUAAGGGUGUGCGAAAAGUCGCGAGUGGUUUUGUUGAUUCGUAUAACCAUAAAGUUAUCCUGCUGAUAAUUAAUUGAUUUAUCGGUAUUGCAAAGAAAUACGGAUUUAAUUUCGGUUCGUCGUUCAUGAUUUAACAAACUUAUUAGCCAUUCAAAAACGUUAUUCAAUAUUUGAAGAGAAAAUUGAUAAAUAAAUAACAGAAAAGCACAAUGUCAGCAGCCGAAUUGUCUCCUCAAGUAAAAAAAUUUUCGCCAGACGAUCAUGAAUUUGUUGUUCCAAAAAAGGCUAUUAAAAUACCUGACGACAUGAUAAGUUGGCAAAAAUCUGAGGCCUAUUUCGAAUACCUUGGUUUCUUGUUAGCCCUCAACGAGUCUGUUCAAGGAAAGGCAUCGGACAUAGAAUGUUCGCAAUCACAAAUCGUUGUCAAAACCGUUGACAUGUUGAAGAAAUUUGACGAAUGGAUCGAUGCUAUCCCACCCAUAGAUCAGCCCCAGCGUUUUGGCAAUAAAUCUUUUCGUUUGUGGCACACCAAGCUAUUAGAAGAAGGCCUUGAGGAACUGCGCAAUGUUAUACCAGUGGAGCUCCAUCGAGCUGCACCGGAAGUAGUCCAGUACUUAUAUGAGAGUUUUGGAAAUGCCACGCGCAUAGAUUAUGGCACUGGUCACGAAAUGGCAUUUAUUAUGUUCUUGUGCUGCAUGUUCAAAAUCACAGCAUAUGAGCCUGAAGAUAAAACUGCUGUUGUGGUAAAGGUUUUUAAUAGGUAUCUUCAGCUAGUUCGUAAGUUGCAACUAACAUAUCGCAUGGAGCCUGCGGGAAGCCAUGGUGUGUGGAGCCUUGACGACUAUCAAUUCGUACCUUUUAUCUGGGGGAGCUCACAAUUAGUUGGUCACCCAUGCAUAGAGCCUCACCAUUUUUUGGACAAAGAUAUUUUAGACCGUUUUAGUAAACAAUUCAUGUUUCUCAGCUGCAUUGAAUUCAUAUCGCAGGUUAAAACAGGACCAUUUGCUGAGCAUUCUAAUCAACUAUGGAACGUUAGUGCUGUUUCUUCCUGGUCGAAAGUAAACAGUGGGUUAAUAAAAAUGUAUAAAGCCGAGAUCUUGGCCAAGUUUCCAGUAGUUCAACACGUAUUGUUUGGAUCUCUAUUGCCCAUAACUCCAGCGUCUCCUUAUGUCACCUGUAAACCUCUAAGCCGACCACCUCCACCUCCACCAACGCGCACUUCAUCGUCACAUUAAAUGGCCAGGGCAAAAUGUAAUUUUGAACUCUAUUUUUCCUGCUGUAUAAUAAAAGAUAUUAUCUGUGUUACAUAUGUACAAUAUACCUAUAUUGCUGAAA